AUGGGCUUGCCUUUUGAUCAAGUGGAAGAAUUACGUCUCUACCAGCAAACUCUCCUCCAGGAUGGACUCAAAGAUAUGUUGGACCACAAUAAGUUUCUGGACUGUGUCUUAAAAGUCAAAGGGAAGGAGUUUCCCUGCCAUCGGCUGGUGUUGGCAGCUUGCAGCCCUUAUUUUCGAGCCAUGUUCCUCUCAGACAUGGAAGAGAGCAAGAAGAGGGAGAUCAGUUUGGAAGACGUCGAUCCAGAUGUCAUGGGCAAGAUUCUUCAUUACAUCUACACCUCUGAGCUGGAGAUCACCGAGCAGAACGUGCAGGACAUCUUCUCUGUGGCCAACAUGUUCCAGAUCCCCUCCAUCUUCACCGUCUGCGUGUCCUUCUUGCAGAAGCGGCUCUGCCUCAGCAACUGCUUGGCUAUCUUCAGGCUGGGCUUGAUGCUGGACUGCGCCCGGCUGGCUGUGGCAGCUCGGGACUUCAUCUGCGAUCGCUUCGUGCUGGUCUCGCGGGACCAGGAGUUCUACCAGCUCUCCCCUGAUGAGCUCAUUGCCAUCAUCUCCAGUGACUCCCUCAACAUUGAGAAAGAGGAGACCGUCUUUGAAGUGGUGAUGAAGUGGGUGGAGACCAAGGACCGCGAGAGCCGGCAGAAGGCCUUGCCUGUCGUCUUUGAGAGCAUCCGCUUCCGCCUGAUGCCCAACGACUACAUCAAGGACCACGUGGAGAAGCACGCUGUGGUGAAGUCCAGCCCGGACUUGCUCAAGAAGCUGCAGAUGGUGAAAGAUGCCCAGAAAGGCAAAAUCACUGUAGUGAAGAAGAAGAAAGUGAAGAAAAGCGAUGAGAAGCAAGAGAAAGACAAUGUCAUCAAUGGAGCAGUAGAUGAGAAAGAGGACACAGAGGAGGAGGCUCUCCCUGGGAUCUUAAACGACACCAUGCGCUUUGGGAUGUUCCUCCAGGACCUUAUCUUCAUGGUGAGCGACAGCGGAGCAGUGGCCUAUGACCCCACUGCCAACGAGUGCUACUUCGCCUCCCUGUCUGCUCAGAUCCCAAAGAACCACGUCAGCCUGGUGACCAAAGAGAAUCAGAUCUUCAUUGUUGGAGGACUAUACUACAAUGAGGACAGCAAAGAGGAUCCCAUGAGUUCCUACUUCCUACAGUACGACCAUCUGGACUCAGACUGGCUGGGGAUGCCCCCCCUGCCCUCCCCUCGCUGCCUCUUUGGCCUGGGAGAGGCAGAAAACUCCAUUUUUGUGGUUGGAGGGAAAGAACUGAAGGAGGGUGAGAAGACCUUGGAUUCGGUCCUGUGCUACGACCGGCUGUCCUUCAAGUGGGGUGAAGCUGAUUCCCUUCCCUACGCGGUCUAUGGCCAUGCAGUGGUAUCACACAAGGACCUUGUCUAUGUCAUUGGUGGUAAAGGAAAUGACAAGAAGUGUCUGAAGAACAUGUGUGUCUACAACCCAGCCAAGUUUGAGUGGAAGGAGCUGGCUCCCAUGCAAGCUGCCCGCUCCCUGUUUGGAGCCGCUGUGCACAAGGACAAAAUCUACGUGGCAGCUGGCGUCACCGACGCCGGCCUCACCAACGCCGUGGAGGUCUAUGACAUUGCCACCAACAAGUGGGACACCUUCACUGAGUUCCCGCAGGAGCGCAGCUCAGCCAGCCUGGUGAGCUUGGCUGGAGUGCUCUACCUGCUUGGAGGGUUCGCCACGGUGGAGACAGAGUCAGGAGAGCUGGUCCCAACAGAGCUCAACGACGUCUGGAGGUAUGAUGAAGAGCAGAAGAAGUGGGAAGGGGUGCUCCGGGAGAUCCAGUACGCCUCCGGUGCCACCUUCCUGCCCGUGCGCCUCAACGUUCUGCGCCUAACAAAGAUGUAGCCAGGAGUGAGUUAGGUUCUCUUCCAUGGAGGGCUGGGGGGAGCUGAGGCCAGGCUUAGCCAGAGCAGAGUAGAACAUUGCAUCUAUGAUUGGUACCUUCUUCCUUAGU